UCAUUAAGAACACAAAAUUCCAAAUCCAACCCUAGAGAGAGUCUCCUUUUCUUCCCUGCAAACAGAGCGUCAAGCCUCACACAGACUCCAAAAACCCUAGUCGCCCUACCGGCACUGCUCCUUUGAAUUCAUCCAAUCUUUCUUCUCCGAGCAACGAUUCCCAUAGCUCGUCAGCUUCAAUUCUUUCCAAUCCUUAUUCCUCUGGUUCUCUACCCCCGGAAUCGAAUCCAAUCGAAUCGGGACAGUCAAAUAACCGCUCCUUUCUAUCGACUCCGACGGUUACGUCUUUUGGGUUUUUCAUUGUCGACUUUAAACGGAGCUGGAAGCCGGGAAGGUUUCCAAUUGAAUAGGGCUUCUCAACGUCCUAGGGUUUGUCGACCUAUGGACCCUCUCGAGGAAGCGAUAGUGAUCAGUUUCGAUGAAUCGGGGAACAUUGACUCGGGCUUAAAGGCACAGGCGGUAGCAUACUGCCAGCAAAUCAAAGAAACCCCCACAAUCUGUCGUAUUUGCAUCGAAAAGCUGCGAUUCUGCAAGCUCGUCCAGGUCCAGUUCUGGUGCUUGCAGACCUUACAUGAAGUCAUUCGGGUUAAGUACUCCCUGAUGGGAUUGGACGAGAAGGACUAUGUCCGGAGCUCUGUCCUGUCCAUCGCUUGCUCCGACGAUAAGAAUGUGGGUGUCCUCGAGGGCCCUGCAUUCAUCAAGAACAAGCUUGCCCAGGUCUUUGUCACAUUGAUCUAUUUCGAGUACCCCGUAAUCUGGUCCUCCGUAUUUGUCGACUUCUUACCGCAUCUGAGUAAAGGGGCGGCCGUGAUCGAUAUGUUCUGUCGGGUCUUGAAUUCUCUGGACGAUGAGUUGAUUAGCCUCGAUUACCCUCGGUCCCCCGAGGAAGUGGCAGUCGCAGGGCGGGUUAAGGAUGCGAUGAGGCAGCAAUGUGUGGCGCAGAUCGUUAGGGCUUGGUACGACAUUGUGACGUUGUACAGAAACUCAGACCCCGAGCUAUCUUCGGGUGUAUUAGAUACUAUGAGGAGGUACAUUUCGUGGAUUGAUAUCGGAUUAGUUGCUAAUGAUGCAUUUGUCCCCUUACUAUUCGACUUGGUUUUGCUUGACGGGCUGUCAGAGCAGCUCCGUUGCUCAGCCGCAGGUUGCAUCUCUGCUGUUGUCUUGAAGCGGAUGGAUCCACAGUCGAAGUUGUCCCUACUGGAAAGUCUUCAAAUCAGUCGUGUCUUUAGUUUAAUUACUUAUGGUGAUUCCGAGCUUGUGCCAGGGGUUGCUGCAUUGCUCACAGAUUAUGCAACAGAAGUCUUGGAGUGCUUGAAAAGAGUGAAUUCUGAGGAAGCAAAGAGGGAGUCCACAAAGCUAUUGGAUGAAGUACUACCCUCUGUAUUUUAUGUUGUACAGAACUGUGAGGUCCACUCGGGAUUCAAUGUUGUGCAGCUCCUGUCAAGCUACAUGGCCACAAUGAAGGGCAUUUCUACCUUGAAGGACAAAGAGCUUCAUCACGUGGGCCAGAUCUUGGAGGUUAUCCGCACUCAGAUUCGAUAUGACCCUGCUUAUAGGGAGAACCUUGACUCACUGGAUAAGAUUGGCAUUGAGGAGGAGGACCGGAUGGCUGAGAGUCGAAAGGAUUUAUUGGUGUUGCUCCGUAGUGUAGGACGUGUAGCACCUAAUCUUACUCUUCUGUUCAUUAGGAACUCGCUAGCUAGUGCUGUCUCAUCCUCAUCUGAUAGAAAUGUCGAAGAGGUUGAGGCAGCCCUUUCCCUCUUUUAUGCCCUUGGGGAGUCUCAAAAUGAGGAGUCGAUGAAGAGUGGGAGUGGACUCUUGAGCGAGUUGGUGCCGACGCUUUUGUCCACAAGAUUUCCAUGCCACUCUCAUAGGUUAGUGGCGCUGGUUUAUUUGGACACAAUCACAAGGUACAUGAAGUUUGUUCAGGAGAAUCCCCAAUACAUCCCCAUGGUGCUGGCAGCUUUUCUCGAUGAGAGAGGGAUACGCCACCCAAAUGUAAAUGUUAGUCGGAGGGCAAGCUACCUCUUUAUGAGGGUCGUGAAGCUCCUGAAAGCAAACCUUGUGCCUUUCAUAGAGACAAUUCUGCAGUACCUUUAUCAGGGUUUGCAGGAUGCAGUUGCAAGGUUUACAAAUACAGGCUAUACCUCUAAAGAACUCUCGGCAUCUGAAGAUGGGAGCCACAUAUUUGAGGCAAUUGGGUUGCUUAUUGGAAUGGAAGAUGUGCCUCUUGAAAAGCAAUCUGAGUAUCUAUCUUCUCUUCUGACCCCUCUGUGCCAACAGGUUGGAUCUCUGCUUUCAACUCCCACAGAUAGUAUGGAUGAGUCUUCUGCAAAGUUUGCUAUCAUUCAGCAAAUAAUCAUGGCAAUUAAUGCCCUCAGCAAGGGCUUCAGUGAGCGCCUUGUUACUGCUAGUCGACCUGCAAUCGGUCAAAUGUUCAAGAAGACUUUGGAUAUUCUCCUUCAAGUACUUAUUGUAUAUCCGAAGGUAGAGCCUUUACGUAAUAAGGUUCUAUCAUUCAUACACCGCAUGGUGGAUACUCUUGGAGCAUCUGUGUUUCCUUACCUCCCCAAGGCAUUUGAGCAGUUGCUAACGGAAAGCGAGCCAGAGGAAAUGGUUCGCUUCCUCGUGUUACUCAAUCAACUCAUUUGCAAAUUUAGCACCUUAGUCCAAGAAAUUGUAGAGGAAGUGUUUCCAGUCAUUGCUGGUAGGAUUUUUGGUAUGAUUCCAACAGAUGCCAUUCUUUCAGGACCUGGCACUAACACUGAGGAAUUCCGCGAGCUGCAAGAGCUCCAGAAGUCAUUUUAUACAUUUCUUCAUGUGAUAACAAUGCACGGUUUAUCAUCAAUCUUCCUUUCACCCAAAAGUAGGGGUUAUCUGGACCGACUGAUGCAGUUAUUACUCUAUACCUCUUGCAAUCACAGAGACAUUCUUGUGAGGAAGGCAUGUGUACAGAUAUUUACUAGAUUAAUAAAAGAUUGGUGCACUGGGCCAAAUGAAGAGAAGGUGCCUGGUUUUCAAAGGUUCGUCAUCGAGGCCUUUGCAACUAAUUGUUGCUUGCAAAGUGUGCUUGAUAAAUCCUUCGAGUUUCGGGAUGCAAAUACUCUUCUCUUGUUUGGAGAAAUUGUAUCAGCACAAAAGGUCAUGUAUGAGAAGUUUGGCGACGAUUUUCUUGUUUACUUUGUCUCGAGAGGUUUCCCAGCAGCACAUUGCCCUCAAGAUUUGGCAGAGCAAUACUGUCAAAAGUUGCAGGUACUUGAGGGCUGUGACAUCAAAGCAUUGAAAUCAUUCUACCAGUCCCUCAUCGAGAAUCUAAGGCUUCAACAGAAUGGAAGCCUCGUCUUCAGAUGACGGACUAGCACGAGAACAUCUGAGAAGUUCCUUCACUGUCAUUAAAAGGACAUCCUUUGCUUUUACACAGAAAAACAAAUUCCCCCACAGCAGGGAAAACACAAUUUUGUCACAGCAGGUGAGAUUCGAAUAUUCACGAAGUGGCUCUGUAGCUCGUUGUCCUUCCAGCGCAUGUGCUGGUUUGGUUUUUAUGUCUUUGCUGACACUGGUAAGAGAUGCUGUGUAGGUGCCUCUUCCAUUUGUAAAUAUCAUUUUGCGGCAGAUCCGAGGAUGGGAAGGUGCAUAUACUCAUUAACCCGAACCCAAACCCGAACAAGGAGGAUGAUGAGGUGUAAGAGCAAGCAAGAAAAAAAGAUUUGAUUGUUGGUUUUCAUUCAAUCUCGUGCUGUGAUUCAAGCAGUUUGUAAAUUUCCGCGAGGAUGGUUGCCUUUUAUUUUUUGAGAUGGUAGCCGGUUUUGUCCAUAGUAAUUCUUUUUUUCGAGUUUCUGAAUGCCGAUUCAUUCAUUGCCCUGAAUCUUUUCCUGUUGAUCAAUAAAUACUGUCAGAUUCUUUUGCCCUGUA